AUGAUGCAUGUGCAGAGGUUGCUGAUCAUCAUCAGCAGGACAAGGGGCUUGUGCGACCUGUGCAACCUGGAGCACAUCCCCGACUUGCACUGCCACGGGCAAGGGCGCCAGACGCACUUGCUUAUGCAGCUGGCGGAGCCGGAGGCGGAGCUUGCCCUGGACCGCAUCAAGGAGAUGGCCAGCGACAGCAUCGCCACAGACCUGCGCGCUCGCAUGCCGGACGAGCAUGCAGCGGCUGGCAAGUCCGAGGAGCCCGUGCACGCGGCCGCCGACGCGCCUCGCGUGGAGCGCUGCGCCCCCGCAGCACGCAGCGAGCAAGCAGCAUCCAGGAGCACAACGAGAAAGCGGCGGCUCCUCGCCGCAGAGCUUUGCGGCCACUGCACAACGAUGCGAGCCGACAAGCGGGGCAUCGGCCUGGGGAAGGACCAGAAGGUGCCCGGCAAGAUCCAGUCGAUGCUGAAGGACAGUUUCGAGGAAGUGGACGAGGGUCAGUUGCUCACCAUCAGAGGAGAGCAGUUCAAGAAAUGCUGCCUGGCCUUGUCAGUGGCACGCGCUCUCGGAGGCCUGGACGCGCCCAGGACAGACGUCCAGAAGCGAGCGGAGAGUUGGAUCAUGGGUCUGCCCGAGUACCUGCAGAGUGGAGUGGCCAAAAACGAGGCGACGGCUGGCGAGAUGCUGUUCGAGCACUAUCUGAACAAGGUCGUCCAGGAGGACGAAACCGUGAUGGUCUGCCUCGUGCUCAUGAAUGCCAACGUCACUCGUGUGUGGGCAGGCGUGAAGGCCGCCUUGGCCAGCUGCAACGUGCUCUACUUGAAGUACGCGUCCGGCCGCUUCACCUCUCUCCUGGCGAAGGAUGCCGGUACCUCCACCGAGACGCUCCUCAAGGCUCUGCCACCGUUGCAGUGUUUUUCCUUCAUCGGCAGCUCCGACCUGAAGCAUGAGAUGUGCAAAGCACAGAAUCAGCAGGCAUGA